AUGCUGCACUUUAUAUCUCUAGAGAAUGACGAUGUCAUGAAGGAACUGCAUCAUGCUGCUGGAGAUCCUCAAACUGUGUACCUUGACUUCAACGCAACAACACCUGUAGCUCCAGAGGUAUUAGAGGCUAUUCAUCAUGCCCUUAAAGAUUGUUGGGGGAAUCCAAGUAGUUCCCAUCAUUACGGCAUCAAAGCAAAGAAGGUUAUUGACGAAGCCAGAACUAACGUAGCAAGAAUGAUUAAUUUGGACGAUGCAUCUGGAAUUAAAACUUGCCAAUGGAAGCGAGUGUCAGAAUUUUUACUAACCAAAUUAUGUAUUAUUAUGAUAUUGAUCAAAUUAGAUAUCCUUUUUACAUCGGGCGGAACAGAGGCCAAUAACAUGGUUAUAAGAUCUGUUACUACACAUUAUUCCAGACUUUGCAAAGAAUCUGAUGAUCUACCGCAUAUAAUUACCUCUAAUAUGGAACAUGACUCUGUCAAAUUAGUGCUGGAAAAACUAGCAAAUGAAAAUAUCCUCGGUAUAAUGCCAAUAGAAAUUAACUAA